AUGCCCACCAAACAAGGGUCAGGGUCAAAACCUCCUCCAAAGGAGAAAGCAAGCAAAAAGGCCAAGUCACUAGUAUGUAAAGUCUGCGAAGAUGAAGUCACUGACCAGUCAAAGACCAAAGACUCAAUCUUCUGUGAGGGCAUGUGCGAUGGCUGGAUCCACAGAUACUGUGCGGGACUGUCUACUACAGCAUUUCUUCACUUUCAAGCCUCAAGCGAGCCCUUUAUCUGUCCACACUGUAAGCUUCUCACUCAGGGGGAACAGCUAUCAAACAUGAUGCAAGUGAUAAAUGCCUUACAAUUGGAAAUUGCAGAACUGAAACUCAACAACACCUCGGCCCCUGCCAUAGACAUUCCAUACACUGAAGUGCUACAAACUCAGGUCUCCACAGAGCCUCCCAGACAGGAAACUAGACCCACUACUGUCAAAAGCACAGAGGACCGCAAAUUUAAUGUUGUGGUCUACGGUCUAAAGGAAUGCGAAGAGGGAACAAAAAGACAUGAAAGGCUAAACAAGGACACUGAGUCAGCAGUCACAGCCCUAAAACCAACAAACCCAAAUGUGAGUGAUAAUUCUAUCAAAGACUGCAUAAGGUUGGGAAAGUACGACACAAAAAGAACCAGACCUAGACCCUUAUUAGUAAAACUGUCGAAUGCUAGAGACCCACUACUGAUCUUGACAAACAGGUUCAAGCUCGCAGCAACACCAGACAUAUCAGUAAAACCUGAUAUGACCAAGGAGGAGCGAUCAAUAGAAUCAAUUCUACUUAAAGAACGCAGAAGGUUGAUAAACCUUGGUACAGAUAGCAAAACAAUCAAGAUCCGUGGCAAAAGUCUACUCAUCAGUAACAAAAGACAGGGUUACGUAGAAAACAUGGAAUUCCACAACAUAGAACCCUUACUUGAAAACAAUCAGCCCAUACAGCCCAUACAAUCUGACUCAGGGGACGACCAACCCUCCGAGCCAGACUCAAACUGA